UGACGCACUAUUGACGCGCGCUUCGUGUUUGUACACAACGUUACAUGAGCGUAGAGUAGUUUUACUGAAUUAUUCUUGACAGUUUAAGCAAGAUUUACAUAAAUCUUUGUGAUAUUUGCAACCAGCCGUUGAAAGCAACGACUUUGAUUUAAGUUAUUGUGUAACAAGUGUAAAUCUAGUUCGCAAAGUCCCUAAGUGCACUCUUUGUAAACAUGCUGCUGCGCAGGAAGAUUUGAGUGGGACAUUUCGAAAAGUGUUGCAGUGAUGCUGCAGGAUCCAGCAGGUGUUUUAGUUGUGUUGGUGUGAUAGAACAGCUGCAAUACUGAAGCCAAUAGCAGCAUGAUGCAUUAAAGGAAAGCUAAUGUCUCACCUUGUCUAUCAUGGAAUCUAAUGAGUUACUUGCGAAGAGGGAUAAAAUCCAGAGGGAGAUUUUGGCUCUUGAGAGUUCUCUGGGUGCAGACAGCAGCAUCAUAGACCUACUGUCAUCUGACAGCAGCAGUGAUGAUGAUGAAUCCGAUGACAGUGGACCUGAAGUUGAAGGAGUGGAGCGUGAUGACUUGGAGGCAGAGCGUCUGCGGAUACAGAGGGAGAUUGAAGAGUUAGAGAAUACACUUGGUGCUAAUGUAGCACUGGCCGAUGUAUUGGAUGAGAGUGAACAUGACACUGAUUCUAGUGAUGAAGACAGUGAUGAUGAUGACGAUGAGUUGGAUCUUCCUCAAAAUGUGGAGACUUGCCUGCAAAUGAAUUUAGUCUAUCAGGAGGUGUUGAAAGAGAAACUAGCUGACCUGGAAAAACUCCUCAAUGAGAAUCAACAGCAGCAGAAAGAGAUUGAGGCCCAGAUCUCUGGCCCAAGCACUUCUAGCUCCUCCGUACCAGGAGUUCCCCCUCAGAAACAAUUUCUUGGAUAUUUCAUGAAGCCUUACUUCAAAGACAAACUCACCAAUCUGGGCCCUCCAGCAAAUGAAGAAACUAAAGCGAGACUGAGUCAUGGUACCAGACCCAUUGAUGACCUGAAAAUAAAAAGAUGGGAAGGUUGGCAGAAAACUUUGCUGACCAACGCAGUCGCCAAAGACACUAUGAAACGGAUGCUACAACCCAAACUAUCCAAGCUGGACUAUCUGAGUGCCAAGAUGUCUAGAGCUGAUGAUGAGGGAAAAGAAGAAUUGAAAAAACAAAUGGAUUUAAUCGAGAAAGACAUUGCAGGAAUAAGUGCCCUGAGAGACGAUCAGCUGCUGGGCAAUCGCCAUGACGAUCAUGACUGGGAGAAAAUAUCAAAUAUUGACUUUGAAGGUCUGCGACAGGCUGAGGAUUUGAAAAGGUUCUGGCAGAACUAUUUGCAUCCCUCCAUUAACAAGUCAGUAUGGAAACAGGACGAGAUUGAUAAACUGAAAAGAACUGUGGAAGAGUACAAUUGCUGCCAUUGGGACAAAAUCGCAGAUGCUCUUGGGACAAAUAGAACGGCUUUCAUGUGCUUCCAGACUUACCAGCGCUACAUUUCAAAGACCUUCAGAAGGAAAGAGUGGACAAAAGAGGAAGAUGAGAUCCUCAGAAAUCUUGUUGAAAAAAUGAAAAUCGGCAACUUCAUUCCUUACAUACAAAUGUCAUACUUCAUGGAGGGCCGUGAUGGAUCACAGCUGGCAUAUCGCUGGACAUCUGUUUUGGAUCCCUCUAUAAAGAAAGGCCCCUGGUCCAAAGAGGAGGACCAGUUGUUGCGGAAUGCUGUCGCAAAAUAUGGCACCAAAGAAUGGGGGAAAAUCAGAUUGGAAGUCCCAGGCAGGACUGACGGUGGUUGUCGUGACAGGUAUUUGGAUUGUCUUCAGGAGAAUGUGAAAAAGGGGCCUUGGAGCAAAGAGGAGGUGGAACUACUAAAAGAAAAGGUUGCAAAAUAUGGUGUUGGAAAGUGGGCUAAGAUUGCCUCAGAGAUCCCAAACCGGAUUGACUGCCAGUGCCUAAGCAAGUGGAAAUUACUAACACAAGCUAGUAAGAGUAAAGAGUGUCAGAGUAAAGGUAUAAAAAGACAAAGGAAGCCAACAACAGUGCCACGAAAAAGACAAAAAGUAUUGAAAACUAUUAAAGAGGAGAUACUCACCUCCAGCGAGGACGAAAAACAGAUAAAGUAUAUGGACAGUGAUGUUGAAUCGGAUGUUCCCUUAGUCAAAGUUCGGGAAAUACCACGGAAGGACUACAUACAGCCAGAUAUGAAGGAAUGGAUACCUGUAAAUACAAACACAGGGGUUCAUUCUCUAGGAACUGUCAGGACUGUGUGGGUCCAUCCUCCCUCUAAUGAGGAGGAGCUAGAGAAAUCCACUCCAGAAUCUGGCUCAGGCCGCAUUCGAUCAAAGAACAGCAAAUGUCCAAAAGUCAUGCUCAGUUUAGAACGCAAUACCAUCCUGAACCGCUUUGGAACCGUGGAAAGAACUUAUAUAGGUUUGAAACCCACUGUCUUGCAGAGUCAGACUGACGAUGAGAAAGCCAUGCUCAAGGUGUCUGUGAGUGAUAUUAAACACUUCCUGCAGUGGAAGGGAGCAUCUGUAGUUAAGAAGGAGAAAAUGACAAGUCCAAAAAAUAUUAAGAAAAGAAGGUCGGUUCAGGACAUGGCCAGCCAUAAUAAUGACCUCCUUAAAGCCAUCACCCCAUGGAUUGGUAAUGUGAUCCUGGCUGCUCCAGUGAAUGAAAACACAUUUUGUGAAGGUGAUAUUGUUGGAAUGAAAGCGGAAGACAUCGCUCUUCCAAAAACAUCAGUGUUUUCAUUUUUCCUCAAAGUUUUUCAAAUAGAUAUCAAGGGUUGCAGGAAUGUCAUUGAAAUUCAGCAAAUGAUCAACAUUAAGAAGCCAGUUGCUCAGUCUAAACCAAGAACAGUGUCAGCGAUUCUUAAGGAUGCAAAACAGAAAGCUGAGCACAAGAAAUCUGCAGAACCUCCUCGACAUCCACCUCCCCUGCAGCCGGUUCUUCUUAACCCUCUCCAACUGCCGGUCAGACAGAUGACAACCCCUACUUUGAUUCAACCCAAAACUCUUGUCAUUACACAGCCAAACAAGCAGAGGGCAGAGCAGCCUUUACUAAUUAAGUCACCACCACAAGUUUUAUCACAGAAUCCUCUACCGCUAAUACAGCCGACUGCACCUGCACAACCUGUCAUGGCCUCAACCCCCAAAUCACCAACUACAGAGGACUCAAACAGCAUCAGAUCUGCAAAACGCAUCCGCAAACCUACUGAGAAAGUUCAAGCCCUAAUGGAAGAAGCUAAAGCUAAAGGUAGUAAAAAAGAGUCACCAAAACGAAACCAAGGCAAACAAAAUGUUGUUUUUCCAACUAUUACAUUGCAGAUGCAGCCAGUAAACUGGAUUCUUGCCCCCACUAAGUUGGUUCAAAUAACUGGUCCACUUUCUGCUAAUAUCCCAAGCAACCAGACACUAACUGUGCCAAACAGUUCUCCCCUGAAUAACUGUAUUAGUCCGUGCAUCUCAACUAAUCUAUACCCAGCAUCAUCUGCACUGGUUGUUGCUGUUUCCUCUGCCAGUCCUGCCCUUAUAUAUUCUACAGUCUUGAAUGCCUCCAGAGAUACCCUAAAGACUUCCUCCUCUGUGAACAUUAGCCCCAAAGGUAUCCAGACACCUCUUUCACCUACUUCUAGCUUAGUACAGAGCAAAGGUAUGCUACAUAGUGUCCAGAUGUUAUCCCCGACACCUAUCACAGUGGACCAAAAAGGUUCACACAUUGAAGCUACGAAGAACUCCUCAGACUCUUCUUCUGAUGAAUCCAUUGUAAGGCAAUACCAGACAUAUACAUCAACUGGUUCCAGAGUAUCUCCUGCUGUUUUCAGUGUUCUUCCAGUUCCCUUGACUGUGCCACCUUUGAUUAGUUCACCAGUCGUAUUGAAGCCAACAAAUAAUGUUGCUGUGGAAAAGUCUCCUGGUGUUACUGAAAAUGGCUGCGUUCUUGUGAGAACUAAUCAGCUGCCAACCGUCAUCCAACAGAAAAGUUUGCCCGACACAAUAUUGAGCCCCCUUUCUGCUUCUAGAAGACCAACUGCUCAUUCACCUCAGGUCGUAGCUCAGUGUCCUCAGAUUGUAGCUCCAUUAGCUCAGAUCAUGGCUUCGUCACCUCAGAUUGUGGCUCCAUCACCUCAGAUUGUGGCUCCAUCACCUCAGAUUGUGGCUCCAUCACCUCAGAUUGUGGCUCCAUCACCUCAGAUUGUGGCUCCAUCACCUCAGAUUGUGGCUCCAUCACCUCCGAUUGUGGCUCCAUCACCUCAGAUUGUGGCUCCAUCACCUCCGAUUGUGACUCCAUCACCUCAGAUUGUGGCUCCAUCACCUCCGAUUGUGGCUCCACCACCUCUAAUUGCUACUUCAUCACCUCAGAUUGUGGCUCCAUCAGUUCAGUUUGUGGCUCCAUCACCUCAGACUUUGGCUCCAUCACCUUGGAUUAUGGCUCCAUCGCCUCGGAUUUUGGCUCCAUCAACUCGGAUUGCAGCUCCAUCAAUUCAGAUUGUGGCUCCAUCAGUUCAGUUUGUGGCUCCAUCACCUCGGAUUAUGGCUCCAUCACCUCGGAUUAUGGCUCCAUCAACUCGGUUUGCAGCUCCAUCAGUUCAGAUUGCGGCUCCAGCACCUCGGAUUUUGGCUCCAUCAGAGCAGAUUGUGGCUCCAUCAGAAAUACCUCAAAUCAGAACAUUAAGUGAAGCAUUGCUCCCUCUUCCUGACAUUCCCUCUGAUGUUGUUAGCUUUAAUCCUCACUUGAUAUUCCCUGAGCAGUCAUCUGAAGUAGAUGACUGGAUGAAUGGAGAAGGUGGAAUUCCACUACCUCAUUUAGAGAUGUCUUUGCCUUACCUUCCUCCAUCUGCCGCCAACAUCAAAACACUGACUUCUUUGCUCAAAGUUAAACAAUCUCUGCUUGCAGCUGCAGUGAAUAUCCUGCCAGCUGAGUAUCAAAACUAUAGAGAGGAAGAAGCUCAAGUAGCUGCCAUCCGCAAAAUGAUUGCCGAAAGGUUUGCCUCAAAUCCAGCGUACCAGCUUUUGAAGGCUCGUUUCUUGUCGUGCUUUACUUUACCAGCCCUUUUGGCCACUAUAAACCCUUCUGUGAAAUGCGAGUUGCUCACAGAUAACAAUGGUGAUGAAGAUGAGGUCUUGUUAUUACAAAAGAUAAAAAAAAGGAUUCGGCCACCAGCUGCAAGGAUUGAGCUUAACACGAAUGAAAAUGAAGCAUCAGCAGAACAGUUCUCGGGAAUCAGUACAAAAAGGCAAAGGAGUCGACAUUGAGUUACAUAAGAUUCAUCAUCUGAACGAGUACCAGUAACUUCAGAUUUUGUACAGUUCACGAUUCGUGUAGAAAUGUGUACCACUAAAAAAAAUCAGUAUUGCAGUUAAAGGGACCAGUCAGAUAUUCACUGCACUAAUUUCUUUUACUCCAUCCACACGUUUUGUUUAAGAACAUUCAGUAUGUGUCCUGACAAUUUUUUUGGAAAUAAAAUUAUAAAUAAACAAGACUCAGAAAUUUGCACUGAGCUACUGUUAAGUUAUCAUAUACUUUCAUUUUGUUACUGCUUUUUGAAUAAAUUGUUCUAUAGAAAUGUGAAAUGUUUUGUCAUUGUUUGUUUUUAUUUUUGUGCAUUUGUAUUAUAAGCAUUUGUAUUUUUUAUGCUUUUAUAUUAUGUGAUCGUAAUGUGCAACCCACACCUGAAUCUAAAAGUUUGUGAACUUUUAAAAAAUCAUGAAUUUAUAAUAAAUUAUUUUGUACAUUCAAUACCACUUAAUAAAAGUAUAGAAUUUCUUGGGUUUUUAAACAAAACUCGAUU